CAGUCCUGACGGCCAAAUGUAGGAGCAAUACAGUCUCUCUGCCUUCCCCUGCUAUAAACACCACGCACUCAGCGGGAGGGGUGGCAGCUGCCUGCCUGGACAUGAGCUAGAGCAGCUCUCAGCUGGAACCAUCUCGCUCCACUUCCAGCAAGUCCCAACCGGCAGUGCCGUGUGAGUUCACUCUCCAGCCCGCAGACGCUCGGCUCCAGGCUCCUUGCGGCUCAGGGGCUGCCUUGUCCCGCUGGGAUCCUCCGGAUGGAUUCGCUCUGGCACUACCAGUUCCGCAUUAUCAUGCUGGGGGACUCGACGGUGGGGAAGUCGUCCCUGCUGAAGCGAUACACCGAGGGCGCCUUCCUCGACUCCAUCAACCAGACGGUGGGGGUGGAUUUCUACGUCCAGUUUGUGGAGCUGGAGCCCGGGCUCCGGAUCAAGCUGCAGUUCUGGGACACGGCUGGACAGGAGCGAUUCAGGUCAGUGACUCGCUCUUACUACCGCAACUCCGCUGGGGCAGUGCUGAUGUUUGACCUGACCAACCAAGCAUCCUUUGAGAGCAUCAAGGAGUGGCAUCGGGAGGUGACAGACACAGUGAAACCUUUUCACGUGGUCUUUGUGCUGGUUGGGCACAAGAGUGACCUGGUGCCGCAGCGCCAGGUUGAGCGAAAGGAGGCCGAGAAGCUGGCUUCUUCACUGGGGGCAAAGUACAUAGAGACAUCCGCUAAAAGCAACAGCAACGUGGAUGAUGCCUUCCAGCUGCUGACCGUGGAGAUCUAUGAAGCUGUGAAGGCUGGGAUGCUGAGCCCAAACAAGGAUUGGGAUGGGGUGAAAAGCAGACUGCCACCCACAGAGGAGCCCAAAGUACAGAACCUGGAAAAACAAGAGAAGCAGAAGAAGUGCUCGUGCUAGCCAGACAUUGUAGACUAAGAAGCCAGAGUGAGCUAUCAUCACCCACCUUCCCGUAUAAGACUUGGCUGCCGGGCAACACUAUAUGCAAGGACAGGCAAGGACAGUCACAGUAGCCUCUUCUAACAGGCUAGUAGUUCCCGUUAACCUCUCCCAGCGAAGGCAACAAACAGACUUGGGACAGGUAAUGUUUCCAUCCACUCAUGUUCAAAGGCUGCAGGAUUACACAGCCCCCUUUGUGCUUGGAGGAGAUUCCAAAUAGGAAUCCAAUGGCCUAGGCACUGGAAAAGACUGGAAUUUACACUUGGAUGCAAAGUUAAAUACAUUUUAUUCAUAUUUCUGGUUGCCUUUAGCAUUAACGGUUAGAACAAUAAACAUGCCAAUGAAAAUGGCAAGUGUCCCCCAAGUGACAAACCGCGACUCAGGAGGUGUCUGCAGAUUCGGAGGAUUUAGAAUCUCCAUGGAUGCUGCAUUUUCUACAGACUAAACAUUUUUCCAGCCAUCCUGGUUGUGAAGCACUUCCCAGCACUGAUGUUCAGCUCGGAGUCUACAGAGCCACCCAGCAACAGCAUAUGAAGCACCCCCACCUUCUCCCAUUCUCAUCAAUGCGGCUCCUCAUGUUAAACCCCUCAAGUUAACAGUAAGUGGUGUUUUGCUGCAGGUUGUCCUGCCACCACGUCCCUCUCAUGUCACUGGACUUCCCCUUCGCUUGAAAGGACACGGCCUAGGAACAAGGCCGCAAGUUUCUAAUAUGAAAACAGUCACUAUUCGGGCAAAGCAGCUUCUAUCUCAGGCCUAACACUUAGAUUUAGCAAUCUGGUUCUAGACCAACAGGACUGGCUAUUUCCACAGGCUGUGUUCUUGUGACUACGCCAGAUAAUGAAAUGCCUUCAAGACAGAACAGAGUAACUUUCACCUCCAGGUUACUGGUUAGAAUCUAGACCAUGCUGAUCGCUAUUUUUUUUUUUAAACUUAAGAUCUGUUGGCUUUUUAGGUGACCACUCUAGGAAAUGAAUUGGGCAGGUCUCCAACCAGUUUCCAGACCAGACUGUGGUACCCAAACUUGAUGUUCCAUCCAUUCACUUCACAACAAUUUUUUAAGAAAGUGGCACAUGAACCAAUGAAGUUUGGGAUCCACUGUUUUAAACCACAUCAUAAAGAACCAUCUCUACAACUGGCCCCUACAAUGGCAGUCUCAGCGGAAAGACCGAGUAUUAGCGGGGCACAGAGAACGGAUGACAUUCACACUUAUGAAUUUGAAUCCCCGUUUUGGAAGGACCAUGUCAGGUAUCACAAUGGCAAUUUCGGACACUUUGGACUCUGCCUAUGCUGUCAAUAAGAGUUCAGGCACUGAACUUACGACAUUAACCAAUCUCAGCAGGAUUCUUGCAAAAUCCCCUCCCUUACUGCAAUAAACAUGCUUUGUAUAGGUUUACAUUUGAAUGUAGUUUUUAAGACAGUGUGUCUGGAGAGAUUUUGGCAAACCAGUAAAGUGCCCGAAACCACUAUUGCUUUUAGCUUAUUGCUGAAAGUAGCCAGUCAGCAGGCCGUAAAUUGGUCAUGCAGCAGCCUUAGCAUAACCAAGGCAGGAGGGAAGAGAGUUUUGGGUGCCACAGACAGGGCAGCUUGACCCUGCGUCCUUCCUAAGAAUGUUGAAAUUGCGGAUAUAUUUAUUUUAGAAAAACAGGACGUCUGUUUAUAUGUGCCCCUGGGAAUGUUUGUCAGGGCCCCAAGGCAUUGACACUUUGGAAAAAACAACAACAUCAUAUCUGGUUAAAUUGAUGAUCAGAAGGAAACCUCUUGCUUGACCUUUAAAAACUGCUUGCUUAGCAAGUUUUCUUUAAGGGAUAUGUCAUUGUAUUAUUAAUGUAUAAAUAAAGGGAACGGGUUUGAGGUAGCUGGACUUCUCAGAAGGGGCUCUUCAGGAACGCUCCCUCUGGAGGCACCUUGGGGUCCCCACCGGCAGACGGAAGUUUGGCCAGGGGAAGCCUGUCAUGAUGCCACUCGAAAGUCACUCUCCGCUUCAGUAAUUAUCGAGGGUUGGGGGUGUUUUACUAACCUGUUGCGGACGUGUGUAAGUGCUUGAGACUAAGUAAAGUUUAGCUUUAAGUGAAA